AUGGCCAACAAGGCAGACAGAACCAAGGUCAAAAGAGCAGUAACGAAGCAAGUCAAUGCCCUGAGACAGUUAGCUGCAGAAGACAUAGAAGAUGAAGAGAUUAAAAGACAAACUGAUAAGCUCAAAGAAAUAUUUAGAGAAUUUGUAACAGUGCAUGAAAGUUAUACUAACUCCCUUAAGGAGGAAGAUGAGAUAGAAGAAAGUGAAGAAUAUUUUGUCAAUGUUCAAAGAGAUUACAUAGAAAUAUUAAAUGUUGUUAUGCCCUCACCUUCUAUUCCAGCUAAAAUGUCAGAUAAACCCAGUGAAAUAUGGGGUGCAAUUAGUUUACCUAAGCUAACGCUGGAGCCAUUUGAUGGUGACCCCAGCAAGUAUCAUGCUUUUAUUUUCUCAUUUGAACAAAAUGUUGAGAAAAUGACGACUGAUGGAAGUGCCAAGCUGUUACGCUUGCUACAAUACACCAGGGGUGAGGCAAAGGAAGCCAUCAGAAUGUGUACCCUCAUUGGUGGAGAAGAGGGCUACUGCAAGGCAAGAGACACCUUAGCGAAGAGGUUUGGUGAUGACAGCUUAGUGACAGAAAGAAUAUUGUCCAGCAUCAAGAAAGGAGGGCCGCUUAAGACCCCUCUCGAGUUACGGAGAUUUGCUGACGACAUCGAGAAUGCCAUUUUGGUCCUCAAACGCUUACGCAGACUCCCAGAAUUAGACACCCAGAGUUCAAUUGUAGAAAUGGUUGGCAGACUACAGCCAUUUAUCCAAAACAGGUGGAGAAAAAGAGCAAUGGAGAAGAAGAAGGACACUGGAGAAUACCCAGACAUUGAUGAAUUUGUCAAUUUUAUCUCUGACAUAGCAACCGAGGUCAACGAUCCUGUGUAUGGAAAGCUGAAUUCCAAGAAACCAGAGUCACGCCAAAAGCAGACAUCCUUCCAUGCGUCAACAUAUAUGCGUAGAGAACAGCUUCAGAGACGAGAAUCCCCUUGCAUACUCUGCAAAGAGACUCAUCGCUUCUGGUAUUGCCAAAAAUUUAAAGACAUGAAAGUGAACGAACGACGAGACUUGGUAAAGAAUCACAGACUUUGUGAAAAUUGCCUGAUGAAUAAUCACUACACUGCCAAUUGUAGAAAACCCUCCGUAUGCAGCGUACCUGGGUGUGGCAUGAAGCAUACUAAAUUCCUACACGUCUCCAAAGAAGAAAACAGCACACCCAAGAAAUCAACCAAUUGCAGCUCAAGUACUGAGCUUGAUGCACCCUCAGUUUAUCUUCCUGUUGUAGAAGUUAGAGUAAAUGCUCAAUAUCACACAUAUGCUCUUUUAGAUAGCGCUUCUACCUCAAGUUUUUGUACGAGUAGUUUAGUGAAGAAACUUAGAUUACAGAACAGUGAGGCGUCCUAUAGCCUUAGCACUCUUAGCAAACGGGACGAAGAGAAGAGGACUAAAUGCGUCAGUUUAGAAUUAGAUAGCCAAGGAUCGCCAGACACCAUAUCCAUGAAUGACGUUUACGUAAUAGAAAAUAUUCCAGCUAACUUACCUACUAAACAAGUUGACCAUUUCCCUCACCUAAAGGGAAUACCACUCACAAAAGGAAAUAUCAAAGUCGAAAUACUCAUAGGGCAAGACAACGCAGAGGCUUUGAUUCCUCUAGAAGUCAGAAGAGGGAACAAAGGGGAGCCAUUUGCCACAAGGACCAUACUUGGGUGGUCAUUGAAUGGCCCAGUAAAUUUUACAGUCAACAGGAAAGUGACAUCCCACUUUAUCACAGUGCAGACCGAGAUGGACAUGUCAAAUUCAGAUAUAACGAGUGAGAAGACAGGACCUUCAGCUAUAGAUGAAAAGGUGUUACUGCUGUGGGAAAGAGAGUGCAGACUCAGCAACGGUCAUUAUGAAUUACCCAUUCCAUGGAAGACAGACAAGAAAGUGCCAAACAAUCUAGUAGCUGCAGCGCCAAGGCUCAGCAGUCUUAAACGAAGCAUCACAAAUAAGGGGAUAAUGCCACAGUAUCAUGAAGAGAUGGACAAGCUUUUGAAAAAGGGAUACGCUGAGAAGGUCCCUGAUGAUGAAAUACUGACAGACAACCCCACAUGGUAUUUACCACACCAUCCGGUCAUCACAGAUGAGAAGCCAGGAAAACUAAGAGUAGUUUUCGAUUGUGCUGCUAAGUUCAAGGGUGAAUCCUUGAAUGACAAGGUCAACCAAGGACCCGAUCUGAACAACAAGCUAGUAAAUGUUUUAUUGAGAUUUAGAGAGAAUGAAUAUGCCUUCGUGGCCGACAUAGAAGUGAUGUACAACCAGGUGAAGGUCCCUUAG